UCUAUAUCUAUGUGUCUACGGUUUUAUUCAACCACAUUCAAGUUCAUCCUUUUUAAAGGUGUGAUGCGAGAUUGGGCUUGUAUUUAGUGGAUUCCUGUAGAAUAUUUUGCGAUGAGGUAGCAUCAGUUAAAAGAAAUAACGUCAAACAACAAAAUAUUAUGCCUUAAGUUAUUGUGUCAUUAGAAAGAUCUUCAAAAUGCCGAACAUGAGUAAAUCCUCGGUUGUCAAUGAUGAGUAUGAGGUAAUCGGAGACCCACAAUGGCAGAUCUUCGAAAAUGCCGUAGACGACCAAAUCAUCAGGAUCCGUGGAUACAAAUAUUCAAAAUUUCGCUCGAUAUUAUUUCACUCAGUAUGUAUUGCAUUAGGUGGGCUGCCAUAUUUUGCAUUAAGUAAUUAUCCAAAAUAUUACAAAUUACAAUACAUAAAAAGCAGUUUGAAAUUUGCUAAUGUCAUCUGCGGAAAAUGUGUAUCGCAUCCUGAGAAGAAGUUCGACAUGGAACCAGUUCAUGAAGUGGACCUCAACCUCUCCAAUCACCGAGAUAACAAGUUGCGCUUCUUCAUUUAUCAACAAAACCGCUAUGUUUGGCUGAGUGACCAUGGAGUUUUUAUCAACGUGCAAACUCUUAAUGAAAAAAUGACUAUUAAUUUGUUAAUGGAAAACACGUGCGGUAUUAAUAAACGCCAGCAAAAUGAAUUGUUAAAGCUCUAUGGUUACAAUUCCGUAGAAGUGGAUGUGAAGAGUUACUGGUCAUUAUUCACAAAUGAAGUCUUCAAUCCAUUCUAUUUAUUCCAAAUCUUUUCCAUUAUCUUAUGGUCACUGGAUGAAUACUAUCAAUAUGCAACCUGCGUGUUUUUCCUUUCUGUAGGCUCUUGCAUGCUGGCUUUGCACCAAACUAAACAGAUGAGCAUAAAGCUGCACGAGAUGGCUUCGUCAACGAAUGCGCUUACGGUGCGCGUGUUGCGACCGACACGUGGAGGCACGGGGCGCGAGGAGUGCGUAGUGGCGAGCUCCCGGCUCGUGCCAGGUGACGUGCUCGUGCUGCCACCUGACGGCUGCAUCAUGCCAUGCGAUGCUAUGCUCAUCGCCGGCUCCUGCAUUGUCAAUGAGAGCAUGCUUACUGGCGAAAGCGUACCAGUAAUGAAAGGACCGCCGUGUCUCAGCUCCGAGGUGUAUUCGACGGAAACUCACAAGAGGCAUACAUUGUUUGCGGGCACGCAUGUUAUACAAACUCGGUUCUAUGGGAAUAAUCAGGUUUUGGCUAAGGUUGUGCGUACUGGCUUCUAUACAGCAAAAGGAGAAAUGAUCAAGAGCAUUCUGUUUCCCAAACCAUUUGUAUUUGAGUUCUACAAGGACGCCGUCAAGUUCGUCAUUUUCAUGUUCUGUAUCGCCGCUGUUGGAAUGACGUAUUCCGUUUGGCUGUACAUUUUGCGUGGAAGUUCGCCGGGCACAAUCUUAUUGCGCACACUGGACAUAAUAACGAUCGUGGUACCGCCGGCGCUGCCCGCCGCCAUGACGGCCGGCAUCGUGUACAGCCAACAGCGUCUGCGCGCCAACCAAAUCUUCUGCGUCUCGCCCGCGCGCAUCGUCAUUUGCGGCAAGCUGCAGGUCAUGUGCUUCGACAAGACGGGUACUUUGACCGAAGAUGGAUUGGAUUUGUAUGCGGUGAUACCGGCAACUGAAGACAAGUUCGGUCGUUGUGUCGUUGAUAUAAACAGUCUGUCUACCACCAGCCCGUUAGUACAAGCUCUGGCGUCCUGUCACUCUCUCACCAGUAUACAAGGCGAACUGAAAGGCGAUCCUUUGGACUUGAAAAUGUUUGAAUUCACACAAUGGGUGCUGGAGGAGCCUGGUCCGGAGAACAACCGUUACGACAACUUGAUCCCCGCCGUGGUGAAGCCGCGCACCGCAGCCAAUGGAAACGCUCAAGAUUUGGACAAUUACGAAACUCUCAUGGAAAUGCCGUAUGAGAUCGGCUUGCUACGACGAUUCCAUUUCUCUUCGUCUCAGCAAUCGAUGGGUGUUAUUGCACGAGAGCUUGGACAACCGCAAAUGGUGUAUUUCGUUAAAGGCGCUCCUGAAAAGAUAGCCGGUAUGUGUGAUCCAAACUCUCUACCGGAGAACUUCAGCACUGUACUCCACGAGUACACGUCCAAUGGCUACCGUGUGAUCGGACUGGCUCACAAGAAACUGGAUCGUAAGAUGAAGUGGGUGGAUGCACAGCGCAUUAAACGAGAUAACUUGGAAUGUGAUAUGGUCUUCUUGGGCUUUCUAGUCAUGCAAAACAGCCUAAAGAAGGAGACCACAGAAGUUAUUAGGGAAUUACAUGAUGCACAAAUAAGACAGAUUAUGGUCACAGGUGAUAACAUAAUGACAGCGAUGUCUGUGGCCCGCGGUUGCAGCAUGGUGCAGCCUCACCAGAAGCUGGUGCUCAUCACUGUCGGCACCCACCUCGGUGAUGACGCGCGCCCACCACUGCACAUGGAGGUAGUCGGCGAAGACGGUCCGCCAUUGCUGUCAAUGGAGUCGUAUGUGAUAGCCCUCGAGGGCAAGACAUGGGCCGUCAUUCGCGCACACUAUCCUGAAAUGAUGACGACUGUCAUUAAAAAAGGCAUGGUAUUCGGGCGUUUCGGUCCGGAGCAGAAGACACAGCUGGUGACGGCGCUGCAGGAGGAUGGGCUGGUGGUGGGCAUGUGCGGUGACGGCGCCAACGACUGCGGCGCGCUCAAGGCCGCUCACGUUGGCAUCUCGCUCUCUGAAGCUGAUGCCUCUGUGGCAGCGCCGUUUACGUCUAAGGAGCAGAAUAUUAGAUGCGUGAAGCACCUCGCGCUCGAGGGCCGCUGCGCGCUCAGCACCUCCUUCGCCAUAUUCAAAUACAUGGCUCUGUACUCGCUCAUACAGUUCUUCUCUAUUCUCAUACUAUACAAUUACUUCUCGAUCCUCGGCAACAAUCAGUUCUUGUACAUCGAUUUGGUUCUGACAACUCUUCUGGCGUUGUCUCUGGGCCGCGCUGCGCCGGGCCCCGUGCUCACCAAGCAGACCCCGACUGUGUCACUGGUCGCGCUCUCCAGCAUACUGCCGCUCUUGGCACAAGUGUUACUGGUGUUGUUACUGCAACUUGCCUCUUUAUAUCUACUGCAUGCGCAACCAUGGUACAAAUCGGUGCAGGGCAACGGGGAAGUGGAACAGGUGCUGCUGUGGGAGAAUACGGUGAUUUUCAUCGUCUCCUCCUUCCAAUACCUCGUUCUCGCCUGCGUCUACGCCAAGGGAUGGCCCUUCCGAGAACCAUUCUGCUCCAACUAUUACAUGGUACUGACUUUGGUGACUCAGUUUGCGUUUGUACUGGUACUCCUGCUGUGCCCGUGGCCCUGGCUGGCUGAGGUGAUGGAGAUCAUGCCGUUGAAGCUGCGCGACAUGGACCAGACAUACUUCCGCAUAUACCUCCUCAUCAUACCCAUCCUGCAUCUCGUACUGGCCAUCGCCAUUGAGGCAACACUAUCCGAAGUAGACCGGCUGGGCUCUUUCUUCCGUACGUUCAGGCGACGUUGCGCAGUCAAGGAGGACGCGGCGGACCUCACGUGCCCGCUCUGGCUGCCGGACCCUGCCUCGCCCGUCUGCUGACUUCACACAUCUCGAAACUGCUUUUAAGGUUUUUUUUUAUUGUAGGAUCACUGACAAAUCCGCUGGAUAGGUCACUGCUUUGAAAUGACAGCUUUUGCAUCGUUCUGUAAAAGCAUCAGGCGAUAUUACUGUCGGCGAAUAACAUCUCUAUUAUUAAUUCGAGUUUUCAACACUGCCAGCACCAAGAUGGCGAAAAUCGAAUAGGAACAAAAUACUAAAGCUUAUAGCCUAUCCAGUGGAAUAUAGAGGUCAGUGUAUAAGUAUUCAAUAUUCUUGGCGGCUCAAAGUGAUCUUUGCGCAGCGCAGUGCCCUCCCAACGCAACCCUUUAUGCCACGCUACAUCUAAAAUUGUGUCCUGCGCUCGCUGCAUAUGUUCCGAGCCGCUAAGAUGUUUGAUUUCCUCUAUAUAACUAUUUAUUAUGUGUGUAUGUGUACUUAGUCAUAUAUAUUUAGUAGUAUGGUAGCCCAGAGCGGCGAUAAAAUUAUAACUUAAUCGAUUUUAAUGUAGAAUGUGCAAUGUUAGUGUACCCAUUCCACAUUUUAUUCUAUAAAACUCAUAAAUGUUGCACUUUGCCGUGGGUUUUCACUAUUGAUUCAUACAAAAACAUACUAUCCUCCGUCUCAUUAUGUUUUUUGCAGUGAACAUCCGCGGCUGUAACCAUUACACGAUUUUUGUGAUUAUUUGAACUUCGUCGUAACAAUAAUACCUGAAUCUUGGAGAGAUAACCAGCUUAUAAACAGAAUCUGUUUGUAUGUAUUGAUAAUUUUUUGUUAAGACUGACCUAUGUGGCCAAAACAAAACGUUAGGAUUAAUUAAAAAUGAAAUCAAAAUAUAAAUAAAACCGGGGAUUUUGUUGUAUUUUUUAAAAUCAUCGGAAUGAUGCAAUUAUCUGUAAGUGGAACACCGCAAAUAGCCUUGACUGUACGUACUUAAACGUCUUUAUGGCUAGUAUUGUACUUACAAAAUUAUUCGCCGAAAAUACGAACAUUCUGCUUUUCAAUUGCUAGCAGUAACCUAUAACAUUUUUUCAAUUAAACCUGCUUAAUGUACUUACAUAUUUACUUAAAAACUUUAAGCCUCGCGAGCGUACUUUUAAAUUCUCAAUGUAUUGUACUUAAUAUUAUCGAUUUUCGACAGACUUGUGAUUGAACACACACUUAAUUGAAAUGUACUAUAAAAUGUAUCCUUUUAAUAUAAAUUAUUGUAGUACUUCAUGUGGUUGUGUUAUUUUAAUUGUUUCUAAAGUAUAUCCAUUAGUCAUUUAUAAGACAUAAAAACUAUGUCAGUCUCCUAUUUGGUGUAUAACUAAUUUCUAAAGCUUCAUAUUAUCCUGUAAUCGUAUAGGUUGUAACCUAUUAUUGUUACGACAAAGUGUGCUUUUUACCAUUAAAUUUAGUAUCAUUUUAUACUUAAUAUUUUUUACUUCUACGAUUUUGAAAUUAUUUUAUACAUUCUAAUUAAAAAUAAACUAUC